ACGGCAUUCACCUAUUCUUCAAUGGUGGUUUCCGCGCUGCUUUAAAUCGGGGCGACGACGCAUGUGGUGAGCUUGAUUGCGUGGAGUGUCGCAGAUCGAGCUGGGAACGCCCUUCUCUAAUCACUUCAUAAGUGGUCUUGACGAGGAAGGAGCAGGGAGAUUGGAUUGGAGCAUGUGCUGCAGUGGAAAAGAGACGCUUAAUUGAGGAGGUCUUGCUGCAGUUUACGGUUAUCAAACGGAGUCUUUUGUGUGGAGCCGUAGCGGGGUCGAGGGAAGAGAUUGUUGGGCUCUAUCGAGCCGUCGUCUCACAGUGAGGAACCGUCAGAGUUUCUCUUAGAAUUUCAGGCGAUAGAUUCCAAGUGGAUGAUUCAAGUGGAUAAUUUCAAGUGGAUGAUUCCCGUGUGGAGAUUGUGUGAAUGAGACUGGGUUUGAUCUGCACACAGAGAGGACGUCAAUUGCAGGAACACUCUGACGGAUUUCAAGAAUUUGGGCGAGAAGAGUAGCCAGUUCGCGGGAUUCAAGUUUUGAUAAUUUCAUAGAUCAAGUGCAUUAUUCGUUUUAAUUGAGGAGCCGAGUCUCGAGUUGCAAUAUGGCAGAUACCAAUGUUAUUAGUUUCGAAGCUUCUUCUCACGAAGUAAUUUAUGUCGAGAAAACUUAACAGUCGAUUUAUGUCCAUGCCGGAGUGCUUCAACAACUACAUCAAGCUGCGAACGAUAGUCACCUGUUACACGAACGUGAGGAUUCUGAGGAUAUGUACUUGUCUUGUCAAAGCCCUGUAAUCGUGUCCAGAACUGACUCAUUGAGGAGCACGAGUAGUUUCCGUAGGGAUUCCUCUUUUAAUGCUUCCGAAUGUAGCUCGAGUGGGAUGAAACAGAUCAUUAGAAAGGCAUCUCAGAGGACAUCGAUUGCCGGUCACGACUCAAAUUCUAUGGAAAGCCGGGUACUUGAAGAGGUUGAGCACGGAUUCAAAAACAAAUUCCAAGAGGAAGGAAGGGAGUGCGCUAGAGAAUUCCAUGAGUUUCAAGACUUAGCCAAUUGUUUGCACGGAGGGAGAGCUCUCAGAAAGAACAAAUUGCAGAAGUUAUUGUGCAUAACCGGAGUGGCUAGCGCUUGUGACUUUAUUGCAAACCCACGUAGGAUCUUUCAGUCUAAAAAUGGCUGUCCUGGUCAUCCCUGUGCUCGAGAGGUGGCGGCAGUUUCGAAGAAAGGCUUGUUCAGUGGAUGUUUCGCCCCUUUUGUAGAUGGUGCUCUGCCUCAGUUGGGCUCACCAUCACAACAGCAAACGAGACCCAUCUUCCAAUUUACGAAGGUCGAAUCCACCCAACGCGACUUUCCAGCAUGGACAAUGGAGGAGUACAUGACGAAGAAUGGAAGGAUCCAGGAGUGGAUGUAUAGGAAGGAUGACGGAGAGUUCGGAGGAAUCGAGGGAAACAAUUUAAUGAGUCAUUACUUGGACGAUGAUAUCGUAAACUCUGACGACACAGAUAGCGACUGAGAGACUGAGGGACUAGACGAAACAAUUUUAUCACCACCCAACUAUCAAUAUUCACGUAGGCAUCGGCUGAGGUUGAAGCUGUACAUCUAUAAAUGCAAAUCGACAGACCGGCUCUUUGAUAUUAACAAAUGAGGACACCUACACGAUCAAGCGCUAAUUCUCAAACAAAUCUGACCGACAGGAAUUUUCAUUUUAAAGAUGCUUCGCUGAGGAUCGAAUCAGGGUCACUGCUUACACAUGUAAGCAGAUCUGAGAAAAUGCCCUGUAAAUGGCUAAAUGGUGAGAAUUGCAACGGGAACCUCUCACCACGUGUUGAACGCUAGCUGCCACUCCGCACCCAUUGGGGAGAAAGCCCUUUUUGCGAAAUAUCACCGAUGGAAAGUUUGCGGAACCUUAAGUAUCCCGUACCUGCGCUCGUCUAUACUCGUAUAGUUAUAGCAACGUCACCUGAUUUAACCAGGCUUGAGUACUUUCAUCACCUUAUGGAAAUCUGUCUGUCAUCUCUUAGAUCAAACAGAUGGCCAACGUCAUGGUGGCAUUAAAGUUGAAGCAGGACUAGGACCGAAGAAUUUUAUCCAUUACAAUCAAAUACUCGGUCCUGUAACAUAGGCGCUUAGAUCACAACGGAACAGUCCUCAGCACAAUGUGUGAUCUAUCAGUUCUGUACAAUACUAUGAUCUCCGCGUCUGUGUGGGGAAACAUACAGUAGUCUUCACCGGGGUUCUACAAUAUGGACUCGAGGAGUUGGCAUCGAUACCCCUGUUCAGCCUGUCUUGGAGAUGACUGUCUUAUUUCCGGAGCUGAUGAAGCUCCACGAGCUCCCCUGCUGUUGAGAUUGCGAUCAGCGUGGGAAGAGAGUUGAUUAGCUCAUCCAUUCGGGAGGAGCGAAUAACUUGCCGAAGCUUUGUGAGACAGGAAUUGACUGAGUGUAAUUGUUUUAAAAUUUGAAACAGAUAAAAUAGACGGACAGAAGUUUCUGCCAAUAAUGAAGUAUCACUUCCACUUCGAAGAGUUGAUGCCAAUUUUGAUCCA